UUCUUUUCUUCUUAAUUGCAGUUUUAUUUUUUGUUGCGCCUCUGAGCGGAGCUGAGUCAGUGUCGCCAUGUCUGGCCGCGGCAAGCAAGGGGGGAAGGCGAGGGCCAAGGCGAAGUCGCGAUCCUCGCGCGCCGGCCUCCAGUUCCCCGUCGGCCGCGUGCACCGCCUGCUCCGCAAAGGGAACUACGCCGAGCGGGUGGGCGCGGGAGCCCCCGUGUACCUGGCCGCGGUGCUGGAGUAUCUCACGGCUGAAAUACUGGAGCUGGCGGGCAACGCUGCCCGGGACAACAAGAAAACGAGGAUCAUUCCCCGUCACCUCCAGCUGGCGGUUCGCAACGAUGAAGAAUUGAACAAGCUGCUGGGAGGAGUCACUAUUGCCCAGGGGGGAGUCUUGCCCAAUAUCCAGGCUGUUUUGCUCCCCAAGAAGACAGAGAGCCACAAGCCCAAAGGCAAAUGAGGAAGAAGCGGGCUUUUCCACCUAACAAAACCUAAAACAUCUGUGCAUCACAAAAAGGCUCUUUUAAGAGCCACCCACAAAUAUCAAAAAAGGCUGAAAGAAAUCACUACUAGUGAAAAUGCCUUCGUAAUGAAGUACCUUUCCCCCCCUCCCCCCGCAAAAAAGGGAAAGGAGCUUUUGAAUUUUGGGGGGA